AUGUCUGCGACUUCGACCAUGAACACCAUCCUCAUUGUAGGAGGCACGAGCGGCAUCGGCGAGUCCUUUGCGCGACGCUUCCACUCGAUGGGGAAGAAAGUCAUCAUCACUGGUCGCCGGGCCGAGCGUCUGCAAGCACUCAAGUCCGAGCUCCCAGGCUUAGAGACCUAUAUCAUGGACAACACCGACAUUGCCUCGCUUCCGGCCCACGUCCAGACAUUCACAACGCAACAUCCCGAUAUCGACACCGUCUGGGUGAACAGUGGCAUUCAGUAUACCUUCGACUUCAAGACCACAACGAGUGUCGAGGACGACGCCAAAAUCAAUAGGGAAAUCGCUACCAACGUCACCGCACCCAUGAUCCUGGCACGUCAUUUUGUGCCUUUCCUCCUCAAGCGUCCAGACCAGGGAACGUUUAUGAUAACAAGCUCAGGUCUCGCGUUCGUUCCCAUGGGCAUCUUCCCCAUCUACUGUCCGACAAAGGCAUUCGUACAUCACUUCAUGGUCGGUCUGCGCCAGCGACUCACCGGUACCCAUGUCAAUGUCAUCGAAAUUGCGCCGCCGUACGUGGAAACCGACUUGGACGCGGCACACAAGCAGCCCGAUCUACCGCCGCCGAUGCCUUUGGCCGAGUACACGGACAAAACCUUUGAAAUCCUCAAUGGUAAGCCGGCGAAGGAAAUCAAGGAGGCCGCGGUAGGAUUUGCUGCCAUGGGCGCUGAAGCGUGGAGAGGUGCAUUCGGAGGAUUCCUGGAGCACAUGAAAUUGGGUGGCUGA